GUUAUAGAUAAUCCAGACACUUCCCUAUGGCCUUUAGGGAAGUGUGACAUAAUCCCAUUGGGAUAGUGAAGGCUGAAAAUCCUGUUUAUUUCUUUAGAAAUAAAAAUGAGGACAUGAAACACUAUAUGUGGUGAAACAGACAUAAGACCUGAAAUCUCCAAAAUGAAUGCCUGGCCCAUCUGGCUUCUGAGUGCCCACACUGCUCACCUGCAGGAGACUGGAUCUGCCACCUGCCAUCUCUCUGUCAAAAUCCAUUUUGUAGGAGACAUUCCACCUGGAAUUAGAGAUGUUAUCUGCCUUAUGCAACAUGGAACCUGCAGGCUGUUUUUCUGCCAUUCUGGUGAGAAAAAGUCUGAAAUCUGCUCUGACCCCUGGAAUAGGUGCUGUGUACCAAAUACAGAGGAAGAAAAAAGAAGUUAAACGAUGAAUGGUGGUUCUAGCACCUAAAACCUAAGCAGGCAGGAGGCAGGUGGGGUCUUGAAGUACCCUAAGGGUUUAGAAGAAUGUGUAACCCAAUAAAUAUGUGUUGAAUGAA